AAAUUUGUUCUUCUCGUUACCACCCGUGACAUUGCCUUUUUCAUAUUAGAAGUCAAGAAGUGGUACCAGUGGGCGACGGUAGGCCGGUGCUUUCAAUCGCCUUCAAUGGCUUGGGUAUGAAGGCAGCCGAAGACGACUUCGAGCAAUGAACCCAUUACAAGAUUAUUUGUGAAAUUCGGGUAACAUUUUGCAAUCUAAUGUUACAAUGAGUGAUAACCAGGUGUCUGAAACAAGAUGUGAAACUGACACAGACAUGUCGGAGGAAAACUCUGACUGUGCAUUUCUUAACAUCCCUGUGGAAAUUUUUCUGUAUAUCUGCUCUUUUUUGGAUGCUCGAUUUAUAGCAAAUUCUUUAAGUCUGGUGUGUAAACACUUCCAUGACGUUUUGAGUGAUGAAUCAGUGUGGAAAUCUCGUAUAGCUAAACAUCAUGAGAGUGUAUAUCCUGCUUUACCAGUUGAUAAUCCUGAUGAAUUUAAUUGGCAAGAAGCUUGUGCUAAAAUAGAAGAUGAGCAUAACCGGUGGAAAAAUAAAGAAAAAGACAUGAAAAGAAUCCUCUUAAAAGAUAUCCAUUAUGCUUCAGUAGAUGCUGUCCUCCUCAUGAAGUCAGGUACAUUGUGCUUUUCAGGGUCAAGGGACCACAAUCUUGUUGCUUGGGACCUUCAGGAAUGCAAAAGCAGUGUAGAUCCAAAUCCUAAAAAGGUUGUGGAAAAUGCUCACAGAGGUUGGAUCUGGAAAUUAGAGGAUUUCGAUGGCAAACUUUUUUCCUGUUCUUGGGAUGCCACUGUGAAGUCAUGGGAUAUCAACUGUUUUGAAGAGUCUUGUGUUUUUAUGUGUGAACAACCUGCAUUGGCUAUAGCUUGUAGCCCUUCAACUAUGGCUGUUGGUCUCUUUAAUCGCCGGGUUAUGUUAUUUGACCCAAGGGCAAGUGAUAAAAAAAUUGCCUUUUAUAAAGCACACACUGGUGCUGUUCUUGCAUUGACAAUGGUAAAUGGUUACAUUGUUUCUGCGAGUGAAGAUAGAACAAUUCUUGUUUGGGAUCAACGAGCAUGUAAAGGAAGCAACGCUUAUCCUAUGUGUUUAUCAUAUGCAGAUAAUUCUAUAUAUGUUGGUGAUGUAAGAGGACGGGUUCAUUUAAUGAAUCCAAAUAAAGGAGAAUUUACUGUAGUAGAGUCAUAUGAUGUUGGGCACACAGGGAAAAUGACAGGAAUUCACCAUACUGCUGGCAGUGUAAUGACUUGUUCCUCUGAUGGCACAAUGCGGAUUCUUGCACCAACUCGGAAGUUGGAGCCCAUUACAGUGCUCAAAUCUCAAGGUGGUGAAAUAACUAAUUUUGACUACAAGAGUAAUGUUUUAGCUAUGGGAAGCACAGAAAAUUUUGUGGAAGUGUGGAUGCCAAAAUCCGAAUAAUAAAUUAAAAUUUAGUGGAAGUAUUAACUAUUUUUAUACUGUGCUUUUCUUAACAGGAGCUAAUCUGCAUCAAUUUAUAUUUAUUAAUGAUUGUUUUCAUGUGUUGUUUACUUCUGAAAUUUAUUUACAUUUUGCUAAUGAAUGGUUGUAUUAGUGAUUUUUUUUUUCUUAUUAAAGAAAUAUCUUCUAUUGUC